ACUCAAAGUAAUUACACCUGACACAAUAAUGAAAAAAAUAGUUGGCUUAUGUGUGACAUAUUUGAUCAUUAAAGCGGUUGUCUGUGUUUACACGGAGGCUGACUGUAAAUCUAAGGAGGCGUUCGCUGCCAAAGCGGGUCAACUGACCGAUUGGAUCGCUAAAAGCAAGUUAACGUUUGACAUGUUAAAGGGCCAGUUUCCUGCCAGCGUCCAAGGUACACUCAAAAAGAUGCAAAAGGAUAUGUCCGAGUUUAAGACCAAUAAAGAGAAAUUGGUCAAAGAGGUGCAGUCGGGUAAAACAAGUUUGCCUGAUGGGUGCAAAAAGGCAAUGGCCAUGAUCAACAAAUUGCAAAAUGAUAUGCAGGCCCUUAAUGGUGCUAGGAAGAGUGUUUACACCGAGACUGACUGUAAGACUAAGGAAGCGUUCGCUGCCAAAGCGGGCCAACUGAACGAUGUGAUCGCUAAAUGCAAGGCAUUUCUGGACAUGCUGAAGGGCGCGGUGCCUGCAGGCGCCCAAGGUGCACUCACCAAGAUGCAAAAGGAUCUAGCCAAUUUUAAGACUAGUAAAGUGAAAUUGGCCAACGAGGUGCAGUCGGGUAAAACGAGUUUGUCUGAUGGGUGCAAACAAGCAAUGGCCAUGUACGAUAAAUUGAUAACAGAUAUGAAUACCCUCAGCGGUGCGAUGAAGGGUUAG